AUGUCUUUGCAUGCCCAACCCUACGUUCAUCAUCAUCUUCAACAAAACAUGUACCAAAAAGGUGUGAAACAUUUGUGUGACAAUGGUGUCACACAAGUUCCAAACAAGUACAUUCUACCCGAACUCGAAAGACCACAAAGUUUAGUCGUUGAUGGCUGUAUCGAGUUGCCCGUUAUUGAUUUUGCUCAGCUUCAAGGUGCCGAAAGACCUCAAGUUCUUAAAGCACUCUCGAAAGCUUGUCAAGAGUUUGGGUUUUUCCAGUUGAUAAACCAUGGGAUUAAUAAUGAGACUAUUGGGAAGAUGUUAGAUGUGAGUAAAAGGUUUUUUGAGCUUCCUUUUGAGGAGAGACAACGGUAUAUGUCUUCAAAUUUGUAUGCACCGGUUCGAUAUGGUACCAGUUUCAACCAGAACAAUGAUGGUGUCUUUUGUUGGAGAGAUUUCUUGAAGCUAAGUUGUCAUCCCAUGCAAGAUUUUUCUUCUCUUUGGCCCUCUUCUCCUCUUGAUUUGAGGGACGCAGUUGGCGAGUACUCAACGAAAACUCGUAAUUUGUAUGAAAGUGUGAUGGAGGGUAUACUUGAAAGCCUUGGAGUGGCUAAUGAUGAUAUUGCCAAUAUUUCAGAAGAAGGAAACCAACUUAUGGUGAUUAAUUAUUACCCAGCCUGCCCACAGCCUCAACUCACACUUGGUCUCCCACCUCAUUCGGAUUAUGGCUUGCUCACCCUUCUUCUGCAGGAUCAAAUUGAAGGUCUUCAAAUCCAACACAAUGGCAAAUGGGCUACUGUUAAACCCAUCCCUAAUUCUUUUGUUGUCAAUAUCGGUGACCAAUUUGAGAUAUUUAGCAACGGAAGGUACAAGAGUGUGGUACAUAGGGUGGCAGUCAACUCCAUGAGUUCUCGACUCUCUGUGGCCUCAUUACACAGUUUAAAUGUAAGCCGUAACGUUAGGCCAUCAUCCAAACUCAUCGAUGAGCUGAAUCCUAGAUGUUAUAGAGAUACAAGCUUUGCCGAUUUUCUCAAUUAUCUUUCGUCUUCAGAUUUUAAGUGUAAGAGAUUCUUAGAGUCAAGAAAACUACAUCAAAUCACGAUUUAAAGAGAUUAUAUAUCCUCAUUUAACUUCUUGGUCAUAGAUAUAUCAUUUUGAGGAUUAAUGAGUUGUAAUUGUUGAUUUAUUACUUAUUAGAGAAUGUAUAGAAGAAAAGAAGGAUAAAGUAAUUACUAAAUAAUGGAUGGGUAAGAGAUCGAAGUCAAUGAUGGUGUUAGAAUCUUGGAUGUGCCAACAGAGUUGACUUUGUAGGCAAGCCAAACCGUUGACAUGUACCAUGUCAACCUAUAUUUUCCUGUUAACUAUUAGUAUUAGUAAAUCUGAAAAGGAAAUUUGUA